AAAAUAAUUAUUUUGUCUGGGUGACAUUUUCGUCAUCGUCGUUGUUUGGCGCAAUGCCUCCGAAAGUUGUUUCUGGGAAAGCGGCUAAAAAAUCAUCUAAAGUCAAAGUACCUAAGUCUGAGAAGAAAAAAAAGCGAAGGAGGAAGGAGAGUUAUGCCAUAUACAUAUAUAAGGUGUUACGUCAAGUCCAUCCAGACACAGGGAUAUCAUCAAAAGCGAUGUCUAUAAUGAACUCUUUUGUUAAUGAUAUCUUUGAAAGGAUUGCAGCAGAAGCUAGUCGCUUAGCACAUUAUAACAAAAAGUCAACCAUUACCAGUCGUGAAGUUCAAACUGCUGUCCGACUACUAUUGCCUGGCGAACUUGCGAAACAUGCUGUGUCUGAAGGUACAAAAGCAGUUACUAAGUACAGUGGAUCGAAAUAAAAUGACUUUAACUUCCUUAUGUAAUGUUUUUAAGCAGACAAUAAAAUUAUUUUCAUC